UGCGGCGCCCGAGGCGAAAAAGUAGCUGUCAAAUGCGCGGCGCCUUUAACCGGCGCGAUCAGUGCGGCUCGGCGAGUCAUGGCGACCGCAGCCUCCAACCACUACAGCCUGCUCGCCUCCGGCUCCCCCAUGGUGCACGCCGAGCCGCCCGGCGGCAUGCAGCCCGGCGGCGGCUACCGCGACGCCGGCGCCCUGGUGCAGGCGGACUACGCGCUGCAGAGCAACGGGCACCCGCUGAGCCACGCUCACCAGUGGAUCGCGGCGCUGUCCCACGGCGGCCCCGGCGGCGGCGGCGGCGGCGGCGGCGGCGGCGGGGGAGGCGGCGGCGGCGGCGAGGCGCCCUGGUCGGCGGGCGCGCUGGGCCAGCCCGACAUCAAGCCGGCGGUGGUGCAGGCGGGCGGGCGCGGCGACGAGCUGCCGCCGCCGCAGCACCCGCCGCCGGGGCGGGCGCCGCACCUGGUGCACCACGGCGGCGGCGGCGGGCACCACGCGGCGGCGGCGGCGGCGGCAGCGGCGGCGUGGCGGGCGGGCGGCGCGGCGCACCUGCCGCCCGGCAUGGCCGCGGCCAACGGCGCGCAGGCGGGGCUGCUGUACUCGCAGCCGCCCGGCUUCACCGUGAACGGCAUGCUGGGCGCCGCGCAGCCGGCGCUGCACCACCACGGCCUGCGCGAUGCCCACGAGGAGCCGCCGCCGGGGCCGCCCGGGCCGCCGCACCACGGCCCCGAGCACCCGCCGCCGCCCCACGGCCCCCACCCCGGGGCGGCCGGGCCCGCGUCCGCCUCCGCCGCCGCCUCCGCCGCGCCGCCCGGGCCGCCGCCGCACCACGACCCGCACUCGGACGAGGACACGCCGACCUCGGACGACCUGGAGCAGUUCGCCAAGCAGUUCAAGCAGCGGCGCAUCAAACUGGGAUUUACCCAAGCGGACGUGGGGCUGGCUCUGGGCACCCUCUACGGCAACGUCUUCUCGCAGACCACCAUCUGCCGCUUCGAGGCCCUGCAGCUCAGCUUCAAGAACAUGUGCAAGCUGAAGCCUUUGUUGAACAAGUGGUUGGAGGAGGCGGACUCCUCCUCGGGCAGCCCCACCAGCAUAGACAAGAUAGCGGCGCAGGGCCGCAAGCGGAAAAAGCGCACCUCCAUCGAGGUGAGCGUCAAGGGCGCGCUGGAGAGCCACUUCCUCAAGUGCCCCAAGCCCUCCGCCCAGGAGAUCACCUCGCUCGCGGACAGCCUACAGCUGGAGAAGGAGGUGGUGAGAGUGUGGUUUUGUAACAGGAGACAGAAAGAGAAGCGCAUGACUCCCCCGGGAGGGACGCUGCCGGGAGCCGAGGACGUGUACGGGGCCAGCAGGGACACGCCGCCGCACCACGGGGUGCAGACCCCCGUGCAGUGAACUCGCGGCGGGGGCGCCCGGCCCCUCCUCCUCCUUCUCCUCCUCUUCCUCCUCCUCCUCUCCUCCUCCUUCCCCCAACUUUUGAUUGUCCUCCUUUUUUUCUUUUUUGCUUUUCUUUUUUUUGUUGUUGUUGUUGUUUUAAUUUUCUCCUAUCUUUAACAAAAAGACAAAAACAAAAAAACAAAAACAAAACAAAAAAACGAACAAAAAACGCGAAAAAAGAAAAAAAAAGAAAACAAAACAAAAAGCGAGCGAGAGGGCGAGCGCAAAUCACAGCAGACAGACAGACAGACAAAGCACCUGCACCGGACUAUCCCUUAGACGGUAGCGGGUGCGAUGCUGGAUUUUGACCUUUCCAGGCGAGUGCCCGUGCACCGGAGUGGAGUGAGUACCGCGCACAGGCAGGCAGGCAGGUACCGGCAGGGCAGCGGCAGGCACCGGCUCGCACCGGCGGGGCGAAGCGGUUCGCACUAAACUCCUUUGCCCGCUGGAGACAAAAUCCGGCGCUGCCCGGCCGGGGAGGGGGCGGGAGGGGAGAGGGGAAAGGUUGGGGGGAAGGGGGUGAGCCACCUCGGGUCCCCUCCGCAGCCCCCUCCCGCCACACAAAGGCAGAUUGCAUUGUGGAAUGUCGCUCGGUGUUGGCACAUGCUGCUGUGUUUAUUUUCUGUGGAUCCCCUGUAGGAAUAUAUGGGGGGAAAAAAAAAAAAUAAAAAAAAAGAAAAAAAAAGAGAAAGGAAAAGCUCUCCCUUUUGAUGUAGGCAGUAUUUAACCGUACCAAUUUGCACUGCAAGAAAAUCGAAGUUUACAUAAACAAAUUGUUUUAUUAUUUUUUUUUCUUUUUAUUUUUUCCCCCCUUCCUUUCCGACCUUGAUUUUGCAAAUGACUUGCAUUUUCCACGGUGAGCGUUAGUCAACCAGUGACCGGUCUACAAUAUGUUACUGUGUUUUAGCCUUUGCUUUAUGUGUAUAUGUGAACUUUUGUUAUAAACAAGUCUUCUUAAAUAUGUGUAACGCUUAUUUUCUCCUUUUACCGUAGCAGAAAGAAUGCGUAUAUCUGUAUGUAUGUACACGUAUGCAUGCAUGCAUAGACGUACAUAUAUACACAUAUAUUUAAUCUCGCUAUAUACACAUAUAUAUGCACCACCAGCUUCCAUUCUCCAGAGACGUGACUCUCGUAAUUGCUUAAUAUAUGCCUUCAACGGCAAGAGUCGAGCUUGGAGAAGGGAGAAUAAUGCGAAUGGACAAAGUAAACUUCAUUUUCAGGCAGUGUGGCCGGGGGCCGAGGUGCAGUCAGAGGGGGAGGAGAACAAAAUCGCAUACAGCCUUCCCAGACCGUGGCAGUGCGGGCGAGCAAGGCCCGGAGUGGGAAAGGCGGAGGCGAAACAACACGUUUCCAGAGUUUUCCCGGAGAAAGUGGCACUUCCUUGAGAGGGAAAGGGGAUUGUUUAGCUUCACCCCCCUCCACCCCCCCCAGCUCCUUUCCCUUCCUCCCCCAGGCUCCCCGAGAGUGCCUUGGGCAUCCCGGUCCCCCGCCCGGGCCGAUGUCCGCCUCCAAACUUUCUUUCCUUGAGGAGUUUCGCAUCAAGGCAGAGCCAGGGAGAGCCUGAGGAGCUGCUGGGCCCGGGGGGAGGUGUGUGUGUGUGUGUGCUUACACCUGCGUGUAAACACACGCUACCCCCUCCUCCCCGCAGAGACCGUGCGCGCUUCUUUUCCGCUUUUACUUUCCAUAUUUCUGUUAUUUUUCUGUUUGUAUCUAGCCCCUCUCCCACCUAUCCCCACCCCCACCCGUCCUUCGGUCAGAUUGCGGUAUCAUUUCUGGAAGGAAAGGACCAGUUUUAACUCGGGCAGCCGUGUGUCUUUCACUGGGGAAUGAAAUGAAGUGGUGGUGGGGGAAAUGCUAUUUUUCAAUCCGUCUUUCCCCCCUCCCCCCUUCGUUAAUAGUUUUAAAGUGCAUUUCGCGACAUUAUCUUGAUGGGAAACGGUUAACUUUCAAAAAAAUGAAAAAGAAAAAGAAAAAAAAUGAAAAAACAAACAGCGGGACAAAAGGAGGGAGGAAAGAAUAAAAAAAAGGGAAAUAAAAAGCAACCCCCAAAGCUCUAAAGGGAAGCGGAGGAGCGGGACCUCGGAGCAGCGCAUGGAUGUGCGUGUGCCUGAGUGCGCGUCUGUGCGCUUCUGCACACACACAGCUAUGCACCCACAGGAGAGGAACUUUCUGAUAGUUCUGAAUUCAUAAAGGGAUCAUUUAGGCAGCACAAACCGGUGCUAUAGAGACAGAGCAUUUUUAUAAUCGAAAAGUUUACUUAGUUGAGUGUUGGACAAUUAUGGAGAAAAAGAAACAGUGAAGCGUUCUCUCGCAGAACUCUCCUAUAAAUAUUGCAUUCAGUAGCUAAGGCUUUAGAGUGUGUUUCUCAUUGUCUUUCAAAGCGCCUGUGACAUUGGGUUUUCUUUCCUUCUUUCUUUCCCUCUCCCUUUCUUUCUUUCUCUUUCUCUCUCUCUUUCUUUCUUCUUGGUAAGACAGAUGAUGAUUUCUAAGAGGCACAUGAUUAGCCUUUUUCCUAGUUUUCCAACAAUUGUUACAAAGAUACGGGCACCAAGCUUUUCUCUUUUCUUUUUUUUUUUUUUUUUUUUUUACCAUUUUUUUUUUUUUUUUCCUUUUUUUUUUUGUUGGAUGUAUUGAGCUGCUUGUUAUUUAAAGUAUUGAGGACUAGCGCCUAGUGAAGUGAAGCAGAUCAGGGCAGAUCCAGUGGUAAAGGGAGGAAAUGAACUUUCAGACACUUAUUAAUACGUGCGUAAGGUCAGAAAAUGCAGUCGAAAGGAUGUUUGAGAAAAGCCUCAAACUCCAAAUAGGUUUACUUAAAAAACAAAACACAAAAGUUACCACGCAAACCUUACCACUAUGUAUAUAUGUUUAAUAUUUGUCCUUUGAAAUGCAGAAAUAGUUUCAAUGUUUUCUUUGUCUAUUUUUCUUUUUUUUUUUUUUUAAAUGCUACCCAGGGAAAUAUUUUCAUAUCAUUUUUAAGUGGCCUGCCUCAAUGUAUAUUUAUUUCUUUUAAAGCAAACAGGUUCUGGAAACUGUUUUUCUGUAGCUUUAAAUGAGUAGGUGAACAAAAUCUAUAUGGGAUGUAAUUUUUUUUUUUUCUUGGUUCAGUCUCCAAAAAAUACUUUGUUUUGGUACAUUUGGAUGUGCUUGUGGGGAAAAAUAAAAACGCAGAGAUCCUUAUAUAUUUAUGUUAAAGUAAUAUUUUAUUAUCUACAUAAAACAGAAAUGCACAAUACCUUCAUAGUUUGUUCUAAUUAUUGAAAUAUCUUUAUUUUAUUUUUAAAGAUAGCACAGAUUUGCAUAGUUCUUAAGAUUUGGAGGGAGAACACCCCAGUACUUAUACUGAGUUGCGUUCUGUGUAAAAGCACCGCCAUUCCUUUAUAUUUCAUGGAAUUUUUGGAAUAAAUUUGAUGCCUAUAC